CCGAUUUGAUAAUGUCAAUGUCAAUGUGGACUUGUGGAGGUUAAAUUUGAAAAUCACACAAUAAUACAUUUUUCUUUCGCUUUUAACUCAAGACAUAAUUAUCGAUGGUUCCUGAUAAAUGUAUUUGUUAUCACUAAUCCUCGCACAGCUUACUUCGCCAUCAAAAGUGUCUAUUUCAUUUUACAACAAUGGAAAAUCAUAACUUGAGUUAUGAACCAAUGGAUAUUGAUACAAGCAGUAACUCGGUAAGGGAAAUGGAUAUUUCUUACAAUGAAUCAUUUAUUAUGAAGACUAUAAAAACUGAAAAGACUGAUGAUCCUAUCGAAGAGAUUCAACUGACAAGUUCUACAAGGCCAGUAGCGCAACCUCAAACGCAACCUAUUGUGAAAAAAUAUCAUUUAAAAAUUCCGAAGUCAUCAAAAAGUUAUAAGAAUGUUAUGUACCAGAUAUCGUCCGUCAUUAUUAUUAUCUUAAUGUCGAUAUUUGCACUACAUAUCUAUAGUUUAAAGUGCUUUGACGAUUUCCAUUAUGAAGAAUUAGAACAUAGUCUAACAAAUAAACUAUUUGGACAAACAGAAGCUGUCAAUAAGAUAAUGCAGACAUUGAAACUAAAAGAAAGAAGUAAACUUUUGCUGUUCUCGGGUGGAACUGGAGUAGGAAAGACUUAUGCAUCAUCUAUUCUGCUAGAUAGUAUUGGACCUUGCUCCAACGUGUAUCACUACACUAUGCCCAGUUUCACAAACUCAUUUUCAACAGACUUCAUGUAUGGUCUCACUAUGUGUAAGAAUGCCAUUGUGAUAGUGGAUGGUUUGACUGCACAUGAUAUGCAUAUAAAGACACAAAUAAGAGAACUCUUAGAAAAAAGCAACAACCUAGAGAAAGACAUUACUGUGAUAUUAAUUUAUAAUUGUUAUGAGUAUGAAUCAACAAAAGAAUUUGUUAAGAAUUGUGAUGAGACAUUUCGCCGUAGACUUUUAGAAAACUUUUCUGACAUAAAAGCAUUAAAAACGUUUAUUGAAUUUAAACCAUUGACAGAAGUACAUUUGAAAGAAUGUAUCAAACAGGAACUACAUAACAGGAGAUUGGGGAGCAAAGAGUUAGAGGAUAUAUUAAAAAACUUCAAUGUGACCGUUGAUGGCUGCAAAGGAGUUCACUCAAAGAUGAAAUAUUUGAAUGUUGCGUAAGGUACGUAUAGUUUCUAGAAAAUGUUAUUAUGUUUGUAAUGUAGCUAAAGUAGCCGCUUAAGUAGCAUUGUAAUAUUUUUUUAUAAUUUUGAGUGAUGUAGCAAUGUAAAAACAGUUUUUAAAUAUGGCAGCUACGAUUUUAUGAUUUUAGUAAUUGUAAAUAAAUAUUGUAUGUAUAUGUAUUAAUAAAUGAAGACAUGACUGAAGUGUAUAAUCAUGAAAAGAAAUACAACAUGUUAUUGUAGAUCAAAAGAACUUUAUUUUAGAGAAUUUUACAUGAUAAUCGGCAAUGCAGAGGUCCAAGAAAUUAUGUUGAAUACAAAUAUACUGACAAUUCUUUAAUACACCUAUACUUUCACAUUUGGUUAUUAUUCUACUACAAACUUAGCCUUCAUGAUAAAAAAGAGCAAAUCCUAAAUGAAAUUUGUGGUGCAUUAAAGUAAAAUACUUUGGUAAUAUUUCUAACUAUAAAACAUAUAAAAUAAUCUCACAUACCUAGGCAAGGGUGCAAUUUGUUUGGAAUUUUGACUAAACACAUUGUUCAUAUUUACUUAUCAACACCCUAAUAAUCAUUUAAAGUUAAUGCUGAUAUAGCCUUACAAAUAUUAUCAUUGUAAUAUUAUGUUUGGCGUCAAAACAUUAAACACAAUUCUAGCUGAAUAUAGUAAUGUUAUUCUAUUGAGGAUUAUCAGCAAUUUACUACACAAGUAAUUAUUAAUUGAAAAUUAUGACACAAAAAUUAUUUAAUUCUAGUAUAUUUUAAAUAAUGUACCCCUAUUGCAAUGCACCCAUAUUAUGUAUGUAUAUAUAAUUUUAAUGUCAUGGAACCAUUUGUGAUCAGCCUCUCAGGCAUAUCUCAGCACAAAUAAUGUGUUCAGUGUUAGCGUAAUUUUGUUGAUACAAAUGGUCUCAUGGAUUAUAAAGUUUAAGUACAUCUUUAAUGUAAAAUAAUUUAUUAUAUAUUAUUAUAAGUAUUGUAAAUGUACAUAAUAAAAAGCAGCCAAUGGAAAAGUUUAA